AACACGGGUCCACUCUCUGUGCUCACUCAGUCCAUCAAAAACAACACCCAAGUGCUCAUCAACUGCUGCAACAAUAAGAAACUCCUGGGCGACGUGAAGGCCUUCGAUAGGCACUGCAACAUGGUGCUGGAGAACGUGAAGGAGAUGUGGACUGAGGUACCCAAGAGCGGCAAGGGCAAGAAGAAGUCCAAGCCAGUCAACAAAGACCGCUACAUCUCCAAGAUGUUCCUGCGUGGGGACUCAGUCAUCGUGGUCCUGCGGAACCCGCUUAUCGCUGGCAAGUAGGAGCCACCUAUCCCUGUCAGUCAACAGAACUCACUCCCCUGUCCU